AUGUUUAAAUGGAGGUCGACCACUCGGAAAAGACGACAGACGGCAGUUUUGGGUGCGCUCGCAUUAAUUCUGAUUAUUCUCCUUACGGCUCAGCAACAUAGCAAUAGAGAAGCAGUGCCGGGUUAUUACAGAUUGAGUUCAGAAUCAACAUCAAGUCCUUUGGGCUUGCGAAGCGCUCAAUUUUGGAAAAUUCUGCAUCAGCUCAUACUGAACAAUGAUCCGCACUGUAAAAAGAAGCCAGAUCUCGUGGUACCUCGAAAUCCAAGGAUCGCCUAUGACCCGGAACAUGCACAUUCCCGUCCUGAUGUUCUUUGGAUGGACGGGGCUGAUGUUUCACGCAUGAAGAGUGCACAUGCGAACUUCGUCAAGGAUAUCCGGUCACUUCCUACUAGUCUUGUUCUCCUUACUGUAUUGGCCAUCUCCUUGGGAAUGCUUCGAAAGACGCAGUGCACGCUUCCCGUAGAGGUAUUUCUCGACAGGCCUUCACCUCGUACCGACGAGUUCUGCGCUAAAGUCUUUCCAUCCCUCAAUGCGGAUUGCCGAUACUUUUCCGACAUCUUCGCAGAAGCCGACACGAACGUGAAACUCAACACCUAUCAAUACAAGAUCUUCUCGAUUCUGUUUUCAUCUUUCGAGGAUGUGCUGCUGCUCGACUCCGACGCAUGGCCUGUCACAAAUCCAGAACCGCUCUUCCAUUCUUUGCCGUUCACAGACUCAGGAUUAGUACUCUGGCCGGAUUUCUGGUAUGCAAGCGAAUCGCCAUAUUUCUUUCAUAUUGCCAAAAUAUCCAGUCCGCCUACACUCGAUGCUCGGCCAGCCACAGAGAGUGGCGAGAUUUUGUACAGCAAAUCGAAACAUUGUUUGAGCAUUAUGUUAGCAACAUACUACAACUUUUAUGGUCCGGAGUACUACUAUUUACUGCAAUCCCAAGGAGGUCCUGGUCAAGGUGACAAAGAAACUUUUGCCUGGGCAGCGACGGCCCUCAACGAGGAAUUCUACUUUGUGAAGCAGCCCGUCCGAAGCUUUGGCAGGCACGAUAGCAGUGGAGAGUACAUUGGCACAGCGAUGAUACAGUUCGACCCUGUAAACGAUUUCUUCCACAAUGCAAGGCUCCCUGUCACACUCAAAGACCCCAACGAGGUUGCUCACCCAGGUCCCGUCACAGUCGCAUCGCCUCCAAAACCUCUCUUCAUUCAUGCCAAUUAUCCCAAAUUCGACCCUUACACGAUAUUCGAUGAUAGCAUAUCGGCAGUACAGACACCCACACGCGACACCAAUGGAAAGCUUGUUCGGUGCUGGAUGCCGAAAGCUGACGCGCUCGAAACUUUUGGUGUCGACAUCGAGAAGAGUUUCUGGGAGACUAUACAAGAGACAACCUGUGUCAGUUUUGCGAAACUAUGGCAAGAUGGAAGUCGACCUGAGAAGCAUGUGCUUGAACAACUCCGAAAAAGAAACACGCAAGUGUGCGAAAAGGUCAAAUCCCACUACACAGAGGUUUUCGGUAACGACUUGAAUAAGUCUUAG